CAUCUAUGACGUCAAGGAGAGUAUUUCGGGAGCGGGAGAUACAAUAUGAUAGUUUAGCGUUUGACAGCAAGCUCAAAAUGUAUACGAAAGAACAAUUAUUGACCACAUAUUUUCCUGAAUAUGAAGAAAAUUAACACAGCUUAAUUUCAAGUAAGAAGAGUGCGCCAAAGAAAACUUCAAGAGACUGUCACUCGUAAGGAAAGAAUAUAAAACAUGUCGAAAAAAACUGAGCCGGAAAACAGCCCUUCUUGGUGUAAUCAAAACGCCAUAGGAGCAGAUGUGGUUCCCGAUAUUUUAUCGAAGAUUAGAGUAUUGAACUUGAAUGCAAGAAUUGAAAACCAACCAACUACAAUAGAUGAAAGUUCAAACGCUGUUUUGAAGUACCAGACUCCAAAUUUCCGAGUCUCGGCCACCAUAGAGAUGGCCCCAAUGCCUGAAGAUCAUAAAUGGAAGGUUGGUUGGAUCCAGGCUUGUACAGACAUGAUGUUUCACAAUACAUAUGGAGAUGAAGGAUAUACAAGUUGGGAAUUUCCAGAACUGACCAGCGGACAACAAGUAAUGAUAAGCGACUGUGAUGGUCAUCACUACCCAUGGUAUGGAUCCCGCAAUGAGACUGUUGUGUUUCAGGGUCCAUGCACCAUGUAUCAAUCCGCCAAUAUCAGCAUGAAUGACAACUUCCAUCCUCACGUGACAUGGCGUAAUCCAGCAAACCGUGGCCAGAAUGAACCAAACCUGACAAAGAUUGUCCGUGAUCAGUCCUUUAAUGUCUGGCUUGUUGCUUGGAAUAUGUCGGAACAAAAAGCUUACAUCCUCAAAACUGUGCGAUGGAACAUGCGGUUGGACAUUAAAGUUGAUCCAAAGAAACCAUUAGGACAAAGGGCAGAAUUAGUCAGCAACCCAAUCCCUAAACAGCCAGAGCUACUAACAGAGAAUGUUCCUCUACCAAGAUGUGCCUUGAUGCCCCCUAAUGCCAACAGUGCUCAAAUGCUUGUUUGGAGGCCAGCAACUGGACGACCAUUGUGUGUUAUACCUCCUGUAUGGCAGAAUGAUGUUCCAGUCGAAGAACAAGUGCGAAAAUAUGAUAGCAAACUCUGCAGACUUUAAAGAUUACAUAUUUACAUUUCUUGAGGUCUGGAUACCAAUAGAGUUUAUAUGAUGUAGUUUUACACUUUAUUUUAUAUGUAUAUAUUGACUUUUGAAGGAAACUAUAAUAUAUAUUUUUAAUGCUUUUUGUAAUUAAUGGUAAGUAAUUUAUAAAUUAUAUUUUUACAAUCAAGGUUCUUUAAUACUAUCAGCAAUCAUGCAAGUCUUUUUCUGAUUCUGUGAUAAAUAAUUGUGACACCCAAUAAAUCAUAUUUAAAUUUGAGGUACAAAUUUUGAAAUUUUACAACAUUCAAUUUUUUUAAUUUAUUGCUAUUCAGUCAAUUUUAUUUUAAUUUAAGUUAAGAACUAUUCUCAAAUCUGAAAAAGGUAAUACACUGCAUAUUUAUUGAAUAAAUAUUCAGAAAAUCACA